AUGGAUCAGACCCAGACCAGACCCAGACAAGACCCAGACCAGACCCAGACCAGACCCAGACCAGACCCAGACCAGACCCAGACCAGACCCAGACCAGACCCAGACCAGACCCAGACCAGACCAGACCAGACCAGACCCAGACCAGACCCAGACCAGACCCAGACCAGACCCAGACCAGACCCAGACCAGACCCAGACCAGACCCAGACCAGACCCAGACCAGACCCAGACCAGACCCAGACCAGACCCAGACCAGACCCAGACCAGACCCAGACCAGACCCAGACCAGACCCAGACCAGACCCAGACCAGACCCAGACCAGACCCAGACCAGACCCAGACCAGACCCAGACCAGACCCAGACCAGACCCAGACCAGACCCAGACCAGACCCAGACCAGACCCAGACCAGACCCAGACCAGACCCAGACCAGACCCAGACCAGACCCAGACCAGACCCAGACCAGACCCAGACCAGACCCAGACCAGACCCAGACCAGACCCAGACCAGACCCAGACCAGACCCAGACCAGACCCAGACCAGACCCAGACCAGACCAGACCCAGACCAGACCCAGACCAGACCCAGACCAGACCCAGACCAGACCCAGACCAGACCCAGACCAGACCCAGACCAGACCCAGACCAGACCCAGACCAGACCCAGACCAGACCCAGACCAGACCCAGACCAGACCCAGACCAGACCCAGACCAGACCCAGACCAGACCCAGACCAGACCAGACCAGACCAGACCCAGACCAGACCCAGACCAGACCCAGACCAGACCCAGACCAGACCCAGACCAGACCCAGACCAGACCCAGACCAGACCCAGACCAGACCCAGACCAGACCCAGACCAGACCCAGACCAGACCCAGACCAGACCCAGACCAGACCCAGACCAGACCCAGACCAGACCCAGACCAGACCCAGACCAGACCCAGACCAGACCCAGACCAGACCCAGACCAGACCCAGACCAGACCCAGACCAGACCCAGACCAGACCCAGACCAGACCCAGACCAGACCCAGACCAGACCCAGACCAGACCCAGACCAGACCCAGACCAGACCCAGACCAGACCCAGACCAGACCCAGACCAGACCCAGACCAGAGGAUAUAACAUAUAACGCACCGCUAAGAUGA